AUGCGGCACGACAUUCCGAUGCAGGAUAUCCCCGAGGACGUAGCACACGGCUAUGAUGUCUCGCCCGCGAGCUCCAUCCGCCACGACAUGGUGGACGAUCGGCAACAACGCGGCGACAACAGCCUCCCCCCUAUUCAAGGAGUCGUGGAAACAGACACCGAAACCUGGCUCGAUGACCUUGAGGACGACAUGCCGGCCCCGCCGUAUGAUUUCGAGGCGUGGCAGCAGCACAGCGACCGAGCCAUCGAGAGCCAGCCAUCGUGGUACGCCCCUGCCAGCCCCAUCCCCGAUGCCAUGACGCAACACAUCCCAGUGCCCGCCCAGAACGGCCGGGACGCGGCACCCAUCACGCUCCAGCAGAUAACCGGGAGCCAGGCACAGCGGGAACUGGCAGAGGCGCGAGCACGGGAGGUCUCGUUGGGGCGGGGCCCGGUGCGGACAUCGUACGGUCCGGCUCCGGUGCGCGUUGCAGACGAGAUCGGGCAGGCCCCCCCGCCGGUGCCUCGGAUCCCUUCGGUCAUCCACCAUAGCGAAGGGAGCCCCUUGAGCGAUGGCCACGGCCCCUUCAUGCACUAUGAAGAUCUCGCCUACCUCGACUUGGUUGGCGCGGAACCAAAGGACGAGCUCCACAACACCGGGCUAGCGAGGACCGCGACCACUCCGUCGCCCCCCAAAGAACCGGCUCGGCUAGCCUGGCUUCGCCGGUGGUUGCAGCGGAAGCGGCGCAGGAAGGGCGUGCCCGUCGUCGAAGGUAAUGGAGAAACACGGCAUGAGAGCGGCGAUUCUCGAGGGGCCUGGCGUCCUUGGACUGCCGAGAUACUGUGGUGCAUUCUCAGCAUCGUCUCCUUGGCGCCCAUUGCCGUGCUGUUGAAGAUUUAUGACGGACACGACCUUCCCAACUGGCCGCUGGCCGUCCCCCUCAUCGUGCCCGUUGCAUUUCUCACGGCAAUAUGCCAAGUUGCAAUGGUAGCUUCGUUAGCUGAGGGUCUCGCACAGUUGAAGUGGAACUCGUUUACCCGGGCUGGUAGGCCCUUAUCGGACUUCCAGGCAUUCGACGACGCUGGCUGGGGACCCGUUGGGAGUGCAAAGCUUUUUGCCACGCAAAAGGGAAGGUUUCUGGGCAUGUCUGCAGCUGCGGUUCUGCUCACAAGCUUCGCAUCAGCGCCCCUUACCCAAGCAGCCAUAAGCUAUCCCACCCAUCUCGUCGAAGGGAGCGGCGGCACCGCAACUGUGGCCAGGAGCGAGUCGUAUCUUCCGGAGGCAAACUUAGUUGCUGGCGACACCCUAGACCUGCGAGAGAAACAGGCCAUCCAGCUGGGGUUGUACCAUGCGCCUGGCGAAGAGCUCCCCCACGUAAUGCCUUCCCGCAGCUCGGGAGAAUGCCAUUGGCGCAAUUCCAACUCGCUCGCCGUCUGCGCGGCCGUGGCUGACGUGUCCGACAAACUUGCCGUCUCGAGCCAAACUAAGCCGUCGGCCUUGGGUGUCAAUCUGGGGGCUGGCAUCGAUGGGCCUGUCCACAACGCGAGCCUCCCGAAUGGUGUGCUUCUCAUUGGCAGCCCCGGCACCUGCAAUCUGAACAUGUCGGCGCCUUCACCAGUCGAGACCGGUCAGGACAGCUUCCUCCUCCCUGCUGCUGCAGCCAGUCUGGCAUUCUCCAACCUGGACGCCGGGGUUUCUAGCGCCGUUGCAAACUUCUUCGUCGUGUACACCACCGGCCAGACUGCCAACUCGAGUCAACACUAG